GUGUGUGUGUGUGUGUGUGUGUGUGUGUGUGUGUGUGUGUGUGUGUUUGUUUCAGGGCAUAGAAGGACAGUUUUCAAGACAUUUCAAAGAGCAACGAGGACCCUCUCGUAUAGGAGGACAGUUGGCUGUCCUCAUAAAAAUAAACCCUAUAAAACCUUUUCUCAGCAUGUUUUAAUACCCAAAAAGUGGUUUUCUCAAAAGUCCUUAUGUACCAAAAACCUGACAUAUUUUGUAUAUUUGUGUGUCCGCCACUGCCCCCUAUCGGUGGUCGUGGUCCCUGCAUGCUGCGACACACAAGCGCGGGAAAUUAUACACAACGCGGGAAAUUAUACACAACGCGCGAAAUUAGACGCUAAAUCAACACUGCGCAUGCUCAUACUGAUUGGCUGGAUAGAAGACAGCUGCUACACCUGUGAUCACCAGAUUCAUUUGCUGGGAGUUCUUCUGGAAAUGCACGUUGUGGAGAGAAGUAACUUCUGUCAUGCCACGGAGAACUACUCCUCUUCAGGAUGCCACUAAUCACAUCCUUGCAGGAAGAGACAAGAAUUCAAUGUUGGAGAUCAAAUAUAUUAAUCCAGUUAAAGGUCGUGGUAUCUUCACUUUAGCUGUUUUCAAUCAAGGAGACUUUGUGGUGGAGUAUAGAGGGGAGCUCAUUGAUGCAGCUGAAGCUGAACAUAGACGUAAACUGUACCACAAUGCAUGUUCGAUCUUCAUGUUUGACUUCACAUGGAAGCGGAAGACAUGGUGUAUUGAUGGAGCACUUGAAGAUGGGUCAUUUGGACGACUGGUAAACGAUGAGCACAAGGCACCAAAUUGCAGAAUGAAGUUGAUCGAAGCAGAUGGGAAGCCACAUCUCUGCCUUUUUGCACUGAAGGAAGUUAUGGCUGGAACUGAAAUCACUUAUGACUAUGGUGGGAAAGAAUGGCCCUGGCGUAAAGAGACACAACUCAGUGGUGGAAGUUUCCCUUCUGGCCAACACUCCGUUGCAGAGCUUAGUGACCACGCCCAUGACUUGGAACCCAAUGUUUUCUCUACAGACUUAUUCAGAGACACCGAAUUGAGAGCAGAGUGUCAGUCAUCCACUCCCACACCAGACAACCCUGUGCAUGAGGUGCACUGUGUCAGAGGUCAGUGUGGCACUUCUUCUGCGAAAGAGGGGAUUGGAGAAGUUGGUGUCCAGCACCAGGAGGUGUUAUCCCCUGUGUUCUCAGCAGAGCUUGCCAGUGAGACUGAAUCAAGAUCAGAGUGUCAAUCAUCCAGAGCCGCGCCAAAUGACUCUGCUUGUGAGGUGCACUGUGUCAGAGGUCAGUGUGGCACUUCUUCUGCGAAAGAGGGGAUUGGAGAAGUUGGUGUCCAGCACCAGGAGGGGUUAUCCCCUGUGUUCUCAGCAGAGCUUGCCAGUGAGACUGAAUCAAGAUCAGGGUGUCAAUCAUCCAGAGCCACACCAAAUGACUCUGCUUGUGAGGUGCACUGUGUCAGAGGUCAGUGUGGCACUUCUCCAAUCCCCUCUUUCACAGAAGAAGUUGGUGUCCAGCACCAGGAGGUGUUAUCCCCUGUGUUCUCAGCAGAGCUUGCCAGUGAGACCGAAUCAAGAUCAGGGUGUCAAUCAUCCAGAGCUGUGCCAAAUGACUCUGCUUGUGAGUGUACAAUCCAUAAGCUGGUUUUUGAAUCGGUGAGAAUUGACAAAUGCUGGAUAUGCCAUUCACCUUUCACAUCUAUCAGAUGGCACGGUGUAAGAUGCAAACAAUGCUGUGGUGUGUGGCACAAAAUCUGCCUCCAGAAGUCCUCAGAAGACUGGGAUAUAUCAGAUGAUGAUGUCUCAUCUGGUGAUGAGUACAUCCCAGAGUCUGUAUCGGAUUCAGAAAGCUCAGGAACAGAGUUGAGUGCCGAGUUGGCUGAACCAUCCAAGAAGUCCCAUACCAAUAUGCCUGAUUUAGUUACUUUUGCUCACCCAGAACCAGAAAGCUCAGAGUCUGUAUCGGAUUCAGAAAGCUCAGGAACAGAGUUGAGUGUCGAGUUGCCUGAACCAUCCAAGAAGUCCCAUACCAAUAUGCCUGAUUUAGUUACUUUUGCUGAACCAGACCCCGAACCAGAACCAGAAAGCACUGUGGAUAUUCUUGGCCAAAGUAAAUCCCCAACCAAAUCAGGAAAAUUCCUUAAAAGCCAAGUCAAUUAUUGUUUUGUAUGUGGGAAACCUCAAACAAAAUUUGCACGUCAUCUCGAGAAGCAUGUAAAUGAAAAUGCUGAAAUCGCACAGGCACUCCAGUUCCCCAAAUCAUCAAAGGACAGAAGGGUUCUUCUUGAGAAAUUCCGAAACCUUGGCAACUUCAAGCAUAACUCGACUGUUAAAACCACAGGGUCAGGCUGUCUUAAAGUGAAAAGGAGUUCCAAACAGAGUAGCAGCCCUGAGACGUAUGAUUACUGCUUGUACUGUAAGGGUAUGUUAUCCAGAAAAGAACUUUCUCGACAUAUGAAAAGAUGUGCUCUAAGACCCGAGAAUAAUGUUGAAGAGGGACCUGAGUGGACAGAGAGGGUCAUUGGUAUAGCAUCUGCUCAAUUUACAAUGUCCCAGCCAAUUUCAAGUGAACUUUGGUCAGUGCUGGGCAAAAUGCACAAGGAUGACGUGUCCACUGCAAUAAGGAAUGAUCAUUAUCUCAUGCAGUUUGCCCAGUCCCUCUUUAAUAAGCAUGGGAGUGACCGAUCAAAGCAUGAGUAUAUAAGACAGAAAGUAAGGGAACUUGGGAGAUUACUUGUGACUUUGCGCCACACAACUAGAAUCCAUAACAUGGAAGAGGCAAUAAAACCAGGCAACUUCUUUACUCUUACUGGUGCUGUUAAGAGAGUUUCAGGUUUUGAUCACCAACACAACACAUUCAAAGCCCCAAGUCUGGCUCUUAAAAUUGGGCAUUCUCUCAGAAAGAUAAGUGACCUCAUCAUGUGUCGUGCCCUAAUGGAAGAGGACCAAGAGGGGGUCGAUUCCAUCAAGAGGUUUCAUACACUUCAUGAAACAAAGUGGUCUGAAUUAGUUUCCCAUUCUGCCUUAUCAAACCUGAGUGAGGCAAAAUACAAUAAGAGCACCAGGCUUCCACUGGCCAAGGACGUUCAGAAGCUGCAGUUAUAUCUUGGUCAGCAAGUGGAAUUGGCUAAGGAGAAACUAGCCGAUAACCCAACAGCAGGCACUUAUGCAGCACUAGCAAAGGUGACCCUCUGUCAAGUCAUUUUGUUUAAUAGGAGAAGGGAAGGUGAAGUGGCAAGGAUGACUGUAAACAAUUUUGAAGAUCGUGAUGUGUCACAACUAAAUGAUGACAUAAGCACUGGGCUUACAGAAGUUGAGAAGAGACUUUGCAAACAAUUCGCCAGAGUGGAAUUGAGGGGGAAAAAAGGACGAAAGGUUGCUGUGAUCCUGACCCCUGAUAUGACUGCUAACCUGUCACUCCUCAUUAGUAAGAGGAAAGAGUGUGGAGUAACUGAAAACAACAAUUACCUCUUCGCUAUUCCUUGUAGUGAUGGUCAUUACAGAGGACAGUUUGGUCAAUUUGCAGAUGCUUGUGGAGCCGAAGAUCCUCAAAACCUCAGAUCAACUAACCUUCGCAAACAGAUCGCCACAAUAAGCCAAGUCAUGAACUUGAAAGAUAAUGAACUGGACCAGCUGGCCGACUUUCUCGGCCAUGACAUUAGGGUGCAUAGGGAGUACUAUCGACUGCCCCAAUCAACGAUUCAGCUGGCUAAGAUCUCAAAGCUGCUUAUGGCUAUGGAGAAGGGAAGUGUGAAGGAUAUUCAAGGAAAAUCUCUGGAUGAAAUUGGUGAUGACAUAGACAAAAUGGAUACAGGAUCACAGCAACUCCCUAAUGUUUCCACAUUGCAAGACAAUGAAGAAAUGUUGACUUCUGGGACUUUUGGAUCACCUCAUCUCUCCGAGACUGCAGCUCAAGAUGACCAGAGGAACUCUGCCUGUGUAACUUCUGGUUCACCUCAUCUCCCUGACUCAGUUACUCAAGGUUUCUGUGUUUCAUCAAGGCGGUGUACGAAGAGACCAUGGUCUGAGGAGGAGAUACAAGCAGUGAUGAAACAUCUAAGGCCUUUUGUUGAAAACGGUGUCACUGCCACCAGCGGGCAGUGCCUGGAGUGCAAGGAAAAGGAACACCCCAUCUUGGAGACCAGAUCCAUUCAAAACAUUAGAGAUUUUGUCCGCAACAGAGGCUUGGCCUUUAAAAGGCAUUCAAACGCUAAAUGCUCUUUUGGAUAGCUUGAGCCUUUACCUUUCUAGGCAUGUUUUACAAGUUGGUGUCCUGUGUUCAGAAAUGGGUUAGGUCACUUCAUUUAUUUUGCUCACAGGCAGUUUUUUGUUUUGUUUGUUUUGCUUUGUGGUUAGCCUGGGCCUUUUAAUGUCAGGAUUCACUUUUAUUUUCCUUUAUUAUUUUUUAAAAUGCUGUCCUUGUUAAGGAAGGAAGAGAUUCUUGAGGUGACCAAAUCAAAUAUAGUUCAGUGAUUCAA